AUGAUUGAUUCUAAUGAGCAACUCCAGAAGUUCACGGACAACAACCUGCUUCGUCUUAUAGAAACAGCUGAUUCAACCCCAAAAGCAGUAGAGAAGGUGCGGGAAAUUUUAUCCCAUUAUAAUCGUCAAGUGAAAGGCAAUUCGGUCAUCACUUUUCCUAUUAGAGAUCUCAUAUCGAUGGUUAAGAACAAAGGUUCUGUUGCUGCUAUUUGUCUUGAUGGGUUGAAUCAAGCAUCUUUUCCCAAGCUGUUGACAGCAGCCCUCAAUUUUCUACUGAACGUGAUCGAAAAAAUGCCUACUGCUGCCCAGAAGAACUUUUCGACUUUAUUAUUCGAGCGCGUGCAGAAGGUUCGUGAGGAGGUGAAGGAUGGAGUUGCUAUUUCUUUGUUAUACAGAUGUAUAGGAAUUCUCGGGAAGCGCGAGCCGAGUAUCUUAGCUGGUCGAGUGGAAAGUAUUGCGUCGGCGUUCAGGUCUAUUGCUCAGGCUCCGGAUGAUGUUGGCUAUGCAAUUGUAGAUUGUCUCACUCAAUGGUUGGAUGGUGUUCGCAAAUUAACUGAUCAUUCUGUCACAAACAAUGUGAAGGACCUCAUCCAAGAAUUUGUAACUCAUGACAAUGCCAAAUGUCGCCUGAUUGCUUUGAAAUAUAUGGAAUCGCUUCUCACUUCCAGCGAAAUGGAUCUUAGAUGGGUGCUCUUACAAGCAUGUGGUGAUAGUCGAGAUGAGAUACGCAAUGAGGCAGUUCGCCUUAUUGACGUAUCACUAAAAGUCAAUGUUUCUGUGGACGUUGCCAUUUCUUAUUUAUGGGAUCGUCUGAACAUAAGCUGUUCACGAUAUUUAUGGGCUAUAUUGGCACGUGCAGUCGGUAUUCCCGUUGAUAUUAAAACCAUGGAUAGUGGACAUGAAUUCAUUCACAUUGCGCCAAAAAUCACUCGAUUACUCAGCGAAUCGUCUGUUGUGUUUCAGGAGCGUGUAACAAAAAUUUCCUUGUAUGCUCUGAAGGAUGCUCAUGACGUGUCUCUUUUCCACAUUGCUACCUGUUUUUCGGCCAUUCGCCUUCCCAUCUCUCCUCCAGUUUCGAUAAUAUCGACGUGUGUCCAACGUUGCCGCACUACAUCUCGUUCCGAGCUGGCAAACGUGGCUGCACACCUCGCGAUGUCUCUAAUGAGCGAUAAGGAGAGAAAUGAAUGGCUCUUAUCAACAUUGUCCGCAUUGGAGAAACCAAACUUCACUGCUGGAGAUUGUUGGCUUGCAAGUGCAUCCAUUGCCUCCCACGCAUCACCUCGUUCAACUACAUUGUCAGUAAUAAAUCAGCUAGUUAAUAUUGCUGAAGAUGAGUAUAACAAGACGACCAGUGUGUUGGAGUCAGCUCUUGGUGCAUUGGCCAACAUAUUGCGUGCCAUUGUCCUCCAUGAUAAGGAUUUCGUUUUGCCAUCUGACGCUGUGGAACAUGUUUUGGUUGUGUGCGAAAAAAUUGCGCUAUCUCGAAAAAACGCUAUUUCGCCUAAAGCUCAUGAAGAAGCAGCUCGUACAAUAGGAUUCGCUGCUACGGUGUUGAACGCAGAACUAUUCGACCAGCUGACAUCAACACUAUAUGCCAUUGGAUGCGGUCCUCCACAACCUGAGUUACAGCUGGUGGUGGGAGCAGCGUUAUACGAUGUUGCAUUGGGGCCAUACUCUUCUUCUCGUCGUAAUGUGUACCUUUCAUCUGAAGACGAAAUUCAGGCAUCAUCAGUACAAGGUUACUUCAUGGAUUACUGGAAAAAGUCCAGUCCGCCUUCAUUAUUGGCUUGGCUGAAAACAGUGAAAUACAAUUCCUUUUGGGGCGCUGCGCUUGGACUGGCAGCUGGUUUAGAAGAAUCGCACAGUGAACUUGAUCCUUUUCUUUGUCAGCUCGUUCCGAAAUUAUUCAGAUAUCGAUACGAUCCCGAUCAGGGGGUUAAGCAACCAAUGUGUGCUGUUUGGUCUGCUCUUAUUAAAUCGCGUCCGAAUCUUGUCAGUGUACCAGCAGACUCAAUCAUUGUGCUCACUCAGGUCGAAGAGUUCGUGGAUGACAUAGCCAGCGAGCUAAAGCAGCAAUUAUCUUGUCAAGAAUGGCGCGUCAGAGAAUCGGCCGUGUCUCUUUUACUGGAUUUAACGAAAACGGUGAAGUCCAAUAUUCAACCGUUUCUUGGCGAACUUAUUCCAGCGCUUCUUGAUACAAUAAGCGAUACGGAGCCAGAAGUUCUCAAUUAUGUCGCUGCUCGUUCGAGUCUUGCUGAGCUAGAAGUGGUAGGUGCUGAAUCAUUUCAGAACCAGUAUGUCAUUUUUCGUAGCAGUGAGGAGCUUCGUGUUUUCAAAAAGCACCUACAUCUGCAAGUUUUCGGUAGCCAAUCCAAUAACCAAUCCAAUGAUCUGGUGCAUCAAGGGUUUAGUUUCAGUAUUUCUAUUGGCUCGAGAUCUUUACAGUUAGAUGACGCACGAGCCCAGAUCGCGCGCACAUCGCCAAUGAUGAAUGCCGUUCAUGACUUAAUUCCCCAGAUAGACGGCUCUAUUCUUCUGGUUUUACAACCCCGACUAUGUGAACAACUUCGUUCGAGUGUAGGAUCAAGUACUAGGUCUUCGUGCGCACAGUUCCUCGUACUUCUCGCACUCAGGCAGCCCCAACUGCUAAGAGAUUAUCCAGCGCAGUGUGGUAAAGUAACAAAAGCAGUUGAAAAGUACCGUAUGUUUUUGUGUUACUUCGUUAUAGACAAGAUCUUCACUGCGCUAAUGUCUGGUAUUCAUGAUCGAAAUCCUUCGUUACGCAAAAGUUUUGCAAGUGCCAUUUCUUAUAUGGCAAAAUACGCUACGUCAUCUUCUUUGGAGAGGCUAAUGAGCGCUGUAUUGAAGAAUUUAAUGGGAGAAGACGAGUCCAUGAAGCAGUCAGCAAAACAGAUAUUGAAGAGUUUGUCUACGAACAGCGCGGAGCUUCUACAAAAUUACUCAAAGCUAAUUAUACCGUAUGUAUUCCUGGAAACGUGUCAACCUGUGACUCGUGGCGAUGAAACUUCCAGAAAGAGAAAUGAAGAAUGGUGCGAGCUGUGGAGCGAAAUUGUACCCACCACCCUGCUUUCCAACCUAAUACCUAUGAUGCCCGGUCGUAUCUGGACCGGUAAAGAACAUCUAAUAUCAGCCAUAUCAGUGGUUAUAUCCUAUGCUGGACAGUUCCUUCGUCAACAUUGGACCGAAACAAAUUUGGAGGAGCUAUUUCUUUCGUUAACAAAAGAAGCAUCAAAGGGGAAAAAGCAGUAUGCUGCUGCUGGUCUGUUAGCAUGUGCUGUUUUUGCUCGAAGUCUAUCGUAUUCUAAAGCUGCUGACUGGUUGUUCGAGAAAGUUGACGAAAAUAUGCGAAAGGUGACCAGUGAUCAAAGUGAUCAAUCUGAGGAUGAGGAGAUUGAUUCCUUCACUAAAGAUGCCACAUUAUCUGAAUUCAUUUGUCAGAACAUGAUAGCUAUCGCUAAAGCAGCUGGCGCCUAUUCAGGAGGCCAGAGAGCCCUUUCUGCGAUUGAUUCAUUCUGUUCGUAUUUGAAAUCUACAGAGCUUCCAUGGAAAGCAAAACAAGCCUUGGUGUCAGCACUUUCGGAUCUAAUCGACAGCUGGCAACUGGAUCCAGUUUUGGAAACGACUAAAUUGGUUGACGCCCUUUUGACUAUGGCUGAACAAAUGAUUGUGCAACAGAGGAAAUCUUUGGCAACUCAAAACCUUGGAGUAGUAUCAAAACUUGCAAGUCGUGGAGAUAUUUAUGCCAUAAAAUGGAGUGAAAUCAAAGCGAAGUGGGAAAUUAACGAAUUUAUACGAGAAAUUGGAUUGUUUGAAGAUCUAGUCGCUCUUAAUAUGAAUGUUAAUAAUAGAGGUGAAGCGAGCAGAACGCAUCGUAGUGGUGAAGACGGUGAUUUCUUCGCUAACGAUGAAGAGGAUCAUGAUGCUGAUCAGGACUCCUUGCUCAGUGAUGAGGAGUACGGAACCCGAAAAAAGAGGAGCAAAAUUAGAAGUACUAGAACAGUUUCCACUCCAUCGCGUAUUGCCGCACUAGGUCUUGGACAAUCCCGCACUCCAGAUAUUACUUGUUGCGACGCCACGUUCCACAUGGUUUUUAUCAGGAGAAAAGCAAGGACAUUAUCUGAGUCAAGUGAGGAGGAAUGGCUAUGCAAGCCACGCUUGAAUGGCAAAGCAAAGACAAUGGAAAGUGCUUUUGUUGAUACGCCUGUUAAGAAACGCAGUCGUAAAGCGGUGAUACUUUCGGAUGACAGCGAGGAUGAAAAUGAAGAUCAUCCGAGUUCAGUGGCAGCACUUACAAAGGCUGCCUGCGAAGGUACAAAGCGUGACCGUAAAAGGAAAAUCUUUUCUGGUAACAAAGGUUGUGUCGAUGGCGAUGAAAAAGGCUCAGAAUCUGGUGAUGAAUCUGAUGCUUCAGAUGAAAGUGAU